CCCAGCGACAGCCGGGGCACCGCGCGGGCUCGCGACGCUGCCACGCCGGGGCUGGUGCGGUCUGCGCGGGGUCCCAGGGCGCCUGCUCGCCGCUCUGUCUGCGCCCGGCGAGCGGUGUGGACAGCUGGAGCAGCUCCAGUCGCAGCGAAGACGCGAGCGCGGGCGGCGGCCCAAGCAGCACCGACACCAUGGAUCUCUCUUUCAUGGCCGCUCAGCUGCCCAUGAUGGGAGGAGCGUUCAUGGACUCACCCAACGAGGACUUCAGCACUGAGUACUCCCUGUUCAACUCCUCCACCAACGUCCACACGGCCUCCAACGGCCAGGGCCAGCUGGAGGAGCCUCCCCGCUCCUCCAACGACGCCGUCCUGCUGUGGAUCGCCAUCAUAGCAACGCUGGGCAACAUCGUGGUGGUUGGCGUGGUGUACGCCUUCACCUUCUGAGGCACGGUCCCCGGCCAUUCCAGGAUGGCCCCCCUGUGCUGGGCUGAGGCUUCCCUCCUGGCUCUGGCUUGCCAUUGGCCUUUGGCUGCUCCAAAGGAGAACUAGGAGUUCUGCCCACUUGAGUGGGCUGUCGAUGAGGCAGCAGCCACGCAUCCCAGAACUGCCACCCCCCCAGGUCCUGAUUUCAGAUCCUGAACCACAGUUGAGUGGAUUCCGGAAACAUGCCAACCUGGACUCUCAGCUCCCAGAGGCAUGGUGGGACAAGGCUCCAAAGAACUGGCUGGAGAGUGCUUGAAAUGGUGGCCCCAGAACCGCAGACCAGGAGGAACAACAGCUCAGCAGGGUUAAAACACGGAUGUGGCUUGGUGA